AUGGUUCAAAAUGCCUCACAUCGACCGUCACAGUCGAUCGAUGGCGAUACAUUGCGUCCGCGGGCAGACUCAUUCGCGUCUUCUACAGAUACUGUAGUUCGCUCGCGGGCGAACUCUGAAGUAGACCCAGCCAAUACUUCCAAAGCCGUCUACGACGAUGUAUCGCUGGCGGAUGCGUUGAAACCGGAUCCUCGGAAUGAACUUGAUUUCCAAGUGGAGGAUAAUCGGUUUGCGUUUUCCCCAGGCCAACUAAACAAAAUGCAAAACCCAAAGUCCCUGGCUGCAUUCCAUGCUCUGGGCGGCUUGUAUGGUCUGGAACGCGGUCUACGGACAGAUCUAAAUGCCGGUUUGUCAAUAGACGAAGGGUGUCUGGAUGGUACUGUCAGGUUCCAGGAUGUGGCACCUUCGGCGGAACCCACAUCUACAGAGAAAGCUCCAUUACCAGCUGACACUUCGGCGCCGACGCCGGUCUCAGCUGGUAAUGGUUCACCCUUCGAAGAUCGCAUUCGUAUCUUCAGUCAGAACAAACUACCUGCAAGGAAAUCAACCGGGUUGCUGAAACUAUUUUGGAUUGCAUAUAACGACAAAAUCAUUAUAUUAUUGACUAUCGCUGCAGUGGUCUCACUGUCCCUGGGGAUAUACUCGACCAUAUCAGAAGGCACAGGCGUCGACUGGGUGGAAGGAGUUGCCAUCUGCGUGGCAAUUUUGAUUGUCACAGUUGUCACGGCUGUCAACGAUUGGCAAAAAGAGAGACAAUUUGCCAAACUUAACAAACGGGCAAGUCUUCCCUUACCAACUCCAAAAAACUGGACUCAGCUAACAUCCCAGCAGAAUGAUGAUCGUGAAGUCAAAGUCACCCGCUCGGGUAAGACCAACAUGGUCUCAAUCUACGAUAUCAUGGUCGGCGACAUCCUCCAUCUUGAGGCAGGCGAUUCCAUCCCUGCGGACGGUAUUCUGGUCACAGGCUAUGGCGUGAAGUGCGAUGAAUCGUCCGCCACCGGCGAGUCGGAUCAAAUGAAAAAGACCCCCGGACAAGACGUCUGGGUGCAAAUUGUCGACGGCAAGGCAACUAAGAAACUCGAUCCGUUCCUGAUCUCUGGUAGCAAGGUACUUGAAGGUGUGGGAACCUAUGUUGUCACCAGUGUUGGACCCUAUUCUACCUACGGACGGAUCUUAUUGUCGCUGCAAACCCCUAAUGACCCAACACCGCUCCAGGUCAAGCUGGGUCGGCUGGCAGAUUGGAUUGGAUAUUUGGGUACAGCGGCUGCUGGUAUUCUUUUCCUCGUUCUGCUUUUCCGAUUUGUAGCCGAUCUUCCUAAUCACCCGGACAAGAGCGGUGCUGAUAAAGGCAAAGAGUUUGUGGAUAUUCUUAUUGUUGCUGUCACGGUUAUUGUUGUCGCUAUUCCAGAGGGCCUUCCAUUGGCAGUAACGCUAGCUUUAGCCUUUGCUACUACACGAAUGGUCAAAGAGAAUAACCUCGUCCGUGUCCUUCGCGCAUGCGAGACAAUGGGCAAUGCCACUGUCAUCUGCUCCGAUAAAACGGGUACAUUGACACAGAACAAAAUGACUGUUGUGGCCGGAACCUGGGGCUCGAAUCAGGGCUUCAGCCAGGGAACUGAAGAUGAAGACGUGAAGAGUUCAAUGACUAUUUCAGCGGUUUCCCAGCAAUUAUCGGCUCCCAUCAAAGAUUUGAUCAUCAAGAGCAUUGCUUUGAACUCGACUGCAUUUGAACAAGAAAAGGACGGGUCCAUAGAUUUCGUCGGUAGUAAGACUGAGGUUGCGAUGCUUCAGUUGGCCCGGGAUUAUAUGGGCAUGGACCUUGUCUCAGAGCGUGGCUCUGCUGAAAUUGCCCAAUUGAUUCCCUUCGACUCCUCCAGGAAAUGCAUGGGUGCUGUUUACCGUGUUCCUGGUGCUGGCUAUCGACUACUUGUCAAGGGAGCGUCAGAGUUGAUGGUCGGCGCCUGUACCACACAAAUUAUCAAUAUUGAUAGCUCCAAAGAGAGGCCCGAUGUGGAGCAGCUUUCAGACGCACAGAAGCAAGGCCUCCUCGAGAUCAUCGACAAUUACGCUCACAAGUCUCUUCGGACGAUUGGCAUGGUCUACAAGGACUUCACAGCCUGGCCACCAGUUGAGGCCAAACAUACUGAGGACCUUUCAGCUAACUUCGAGAAUUUUUUCCAUGAUAUGACCUGGGUCGGAGUGGUGGGUAUCCAAGACCCUCUUCGCCCCGAAGUCCCAUCAGCCAUUCGCAAAUGCCACUCGGCAGGCGUCCAAGUCAAGAUGGUGACUGGUGACAACGUUGCCACUGCCACUGCUAUUGCGGCUUCUUGUGGAAUCAAAACAGAAGAUGGUUUAGUUAUGGAAGGCCCAAAGUUCCGUCAGCUUACAAACGCGGAGAUGGAUGAAGUGGUUCCGCGCCUUCAGGUGCUGGCGCGAUCAUCCCCCGACGACAAGCGAAUCUUGGUCGAACGGCUUAAGGCUCUCGGUGAAACGGUCGCUGUAACAGGUGAUGGUACCAACGACGGUCCAGCUUUGCGGACAGCAGAUGUCGGCUUCUCCAUGGGUAUUGCUGGUACAGAGGUCGCGAAGGAAGCGAGUUCGAUUAUUCUCCUGGAUGAUAAUUUCAAGUCCAUUAUCACAGCAAUAUCUUGGGGACGAGCUGUCAAUGACGCCGUUGCCAAGUUUUUGCAGUUCCAGGUCACGGUUAAUAUCACAGCCGUGAUACUCACCUUCGUGUCAUCUGUGUACAGCAGUGAUAAUACCAGUGUUUUGUCGGCCGUGCAGCUGCUCUGGGUGAACCUGAUUAUGGAUACUUUCGCCGCUCUCGCCUUAGCCACGGAUGCCCCGACUGAAAAAAUUCUUGACCGCAAGCCUGUUCCCAAGCACGCUUCUCUCUUCACAAUGACCAUGUGGAAGAUGAUCCUUGGCCAAGCAGUGUACCAACUAGCCAUCACAUUCAUGCUCUAUUUCGCAGGUGACAAGCUCCUUUAUGCCCAUCUCAGCUCCGACCCCGAGAUGCGCACGAAGCAGCUCUCCACCGUGGUAUUCAAUACGUUCGUGUGGAUGCAGAUCUUCAACGAAUUCAACAACCGCCGCCUCGACAAUAAGUUCAAUAUCUUCGAAGGCAUGCUCCGCAACUACUGGUUCCUAGGAAUCAACGCCAUCAUGGUCGGCGGUCAAAUCAUGAUCGUCUACGUGGGCGGCCAGGCAUUCGGCGUAACUCGCUUAAGUGGCAUCCUCUGGGGUGUGUGCAUUAUCUGUUCCAUUGCCUGCCUGCCCUGGGCCAUCGUGCUCCGACUUAUCCCAGACUACCAUUUCGGACUUGUUUUUAAUGCCGUUGUUGGCGGUAUGACUGUUGUUUUGCGCCCGAUUGCUAAGGCGUGCAAGGUGAUCGGUCAUGGUAUCAAGUCAUUCUUUAGGCCUGUGAAGCGUUUCACUCGCCGUUUUGUCGGCAAGGGGAAGUCAGAAGAUGAAGUCGAGUUGAAUCCCCAGCCGGCCGAUUCUGCUGAUCCCGAAGAAGCUCCUGCGAGAAUUGAACAGAACAAGCAAAAGUCCCCUGAGCGUCCUGCCACGCCUACUCUUGUCGUGCCCCCUAUCACAAUUACGACCUCUCCUUAG